GCGACCCCGCACACCCCUCCCUUCACUACAAAGUGCUGCACUCGCAAUAGAAAACAUGGCGGAUUAACGUCACAUUUGAGGUAUUAGCCAAGUUUAAACGAGAGGGGCGGAAGGAGGGAGGAACUCACGGCUCCUGCGUUUGGACGCCAUCCUCGAAAAAGGCGCCCUUCUUUUGAAAGGAAGAGAAAACGGAACUGAAGUGAAGGCACCGUGUUGUUACACACUGAUGCAGAACUGAGGGCAAUCAAAAUAGAACAGAAUCAUGAAAAAACCAGUGCCAGCAAAAGUAAUCGAAUGGAAAGAUGGCAGACGGAUCAAGCAUUCCCGCAGUGGGCGGCCCUCUCGAGUUCCUUCACAGUAUCAAGCGUAGGUCAUUUUCUCCACUUUCAGAGCCUCAGUCAAAAGGCCACUUCAGUUGGGAUAAGUAUUUGAAAGAGACUGGUGCUAUAGCUGCUUCACCCCAUUGUUUUAAACAGAGCACUACACCCCCAGUCAAUGAGUUCAAGGCAGGAAUGAAGCUGGAAGCUCAGGACCCCAGAAACACCACUUCUACCUGCAUUGCCACAGUGGUGGGGCUGACCGGCUCACGCCUCCGGCUGCGCCUCGACGGAAGUGACAACAAAAACGACUUCUGGCGCCUGGUGGAUUCGUCUGAGAUCCAGCCCAUCGGUAGCUGCGAGAAGAACGGAGGCAUGCUGCAGCCACCCCUGGGGUUUCGUCUGAACGCAUCGUCCUGGCCAAUGUUCUUACUGAAAACACUCAACGGUGCUGAGAUGGCACCAGCACGCAUCUUUCACAAGCAGGAACCUCCUUCUCCAGAGCAGAAUUAUUUCCAGGUGGGGAUGAAGCUGGAGGCGGUGGAUAGGAAGAACCCUCAUUUUAUCUGUCCUGCCACAGUGGGGGCACUGCGAGGUGUGGAGGUGCUGGUCACCUUCGAUGGCUGGAGGGGAGCUUUUGACUAUUACUGCCGUUAUGACUCUAGAGACAUCUUUCCUGUAGGCUGGUGCACUCUCACUGGAGACAACCUUCAGCCACCUGGCACUAAAGCGGGUUUGCCUAGGCCACUGGGUGCUUCGGGUGCGCUACCUGACAGCAGUGUGGAGGGCCCAGACAUGCCCAUGCCCCCAGCGCCUACCAGGCCUCCUGCCCAGAAGCGCCGUAAGCCAGGACGCAAGAAAAGCAAGCCAUCCAGCUCCUGGGCUCAGAAAGAUAGCAAUUCCACUGACUUGGCCCAGACAAAUCAGUCUGGAAAUGGACCAGAACCUGUGAAAAUCCAGAAGAAGAGAGGGCCCAAGCCUGGGAGUAAGCUGGGUUGGGUCAAGCAUGCUGCAUGGCUGGAAGGGGCAAUGGCAGGUCCUGGCAGACCCAGAGGCCGGAUUCCAGCUAACUGGACUCAGAAACUUCAUCAGCAGAAUGGGAUAGAAACCAUAAAGAUCCCAAAGAAGAGAGGCCCCAAACCUGGCACCAAGAGGAAACAGCGUGUGGCUUCUGACCCAGUUCCCACAUCCCCUGCCAGUAGCACUCCAGAGCCUGACACCAGCUCCGUGCCACUAGAUAACGCCACCAUCCCCAAUGCUGCCAUGCAGGCUCCAACAGUGUGUGUGUAUCUGAAUAAGCAGGGGAAGGUGGGUCCUCACUUGGACGCACGCCGUGUACAGGCUCUGCCAGACCACUUUGGCCCUGGUCGGGCAUCUUCAGUGAUGCAGCAGUGUGUUCAGGCCUGUGUGGACUGCGCACAUAAUCAGAGGGUUGUUUUCUCCUGUCUCAAACCAGGUCAUGGAGGAGAGCUCAUCUCAGCCCACUUUGACCAGAAGCGGCACACUCUUACACUACCAGCAGUUAACAGUGUGACGUAUGUGCUGCGUUUCCUGGAGAAGCUCUGCCACAACCUGCGCUGUGAACCUCUGUUUGGCAGCCAGCCAGUGCCUCUGGGAGGAGGAGGGCACUAUGACAGCCACAACUUCACAGACAGAAGGAGCAUUUCGGAGUGUCUCAGUUCAGGACCAGGUCGAGGGACAAAAAGAUUUCUGUCAGACUCCUGCAGCAACAGUAGCUCACUGCCACACAAAAUGACUAAAAGCCACUGCCUCACAUCUGAAGAGUCUUUUCUGGUGGAGAAUGGAGGCUCAGAACACUUGGAGAAAACACGAAUGUCCCCCAGUAAGGCUCUGGGUUUGCACCCUCACACUCAGAGCAACAUAUCUCAGCUGUGUCACCUUGGCUCUGCAGGUUCAGAGCGUUUCCUGAACUCUAGAGAAAGCCCUCGGCCCAGCGGGCAGGAUCCAAACCUGUGGACAGUGGAGGAUGUCAUGCACUUCAUCAGAGAGCUGGACCCUCAGUUGGGCCCACAUGCGGAGCUUUUCCGCAAACAUGAGAUUGACGGGAAGGCUCUCCUUUUGCUGCGUAGUGACAUGAUGAUGAAGUACAUGGGCCUGAAACUCGGUCCCGCCCUCAAACUCACCUUCCACAUCGACAAGCUGAAACAGGGGCGCUAAGCACAAGAGGCUGACCCCUCCUCUGGUCCACCAAUCACAGAGCAUAGUGGAAAUCUUAAGUCCACUAAAGCUUUACUGAAGCAUUACUGUCAUUGCAGUGGUCAUUUCUGAAUGUGUGUCUCCUUGUUCUCAUUUAUUUUGGUGUCCAUUACAUGUAGCACAUUUGCCCCCGUUGUCAUGAUAGGGUCAGUUAACUUACGCACAGUUCUCUCCACAACAUUCAGUGUUCCUGUUUUUGCCAUGUCUUGAGCUAUGCAGGAUCAGAGCUGCAUGGAAAGUAGGCAGGCCAUUUUCAGGCCUCCGUUUUUUAAUACAUUCUUAUUUUUAUCCUCGUUAGCCGCAGUCAAAAAGGGCUUGGAAUCACACAAACACUAGAUCUGUCCCAACUUUGGGAAUGGUUCUAUGUCUCGCUCUGAGGCACUUUCAUAUCUAAUAUGGUACUUUAUACAUAUCUACACAUCUAACCUGCAAGUAAUGCCAUGAUACUGCAUAUCUUUUGUAUGGUCUUGUUUAUUAUGUGUUUGUGGUUAAUUUGUACUUUUUUACAGUUUUAUACUAUAUUGUUAGAGUUCAUACAUUGUGAUAAGACUGAAAUAAAAAUAUGAAGUCGAUUGACAGAUUUUAAAACUGCGUUCUUGCAUCUUGUUUGGUGUUUUGUUCAAGAAUGCCAUUUAGUGUCCUGCAGGAAGAUUUCAGUAGGAGUGCAUUAAAUUCAUGGUUUUAAAGAUGCACUAGUGUCACCUAUCCAUUUAGUGCAUCUAGUCAACACAAGGGGGCAGCAAAGCCUUUCUAAUUUCUCAGGAUUUCUUUGUUGAUGCAUGAAAGGUGAAAUAUUUUCUGCAUUAAAGAGCAGCUUUACCAGCCCUUAUACAUGCUGACAUGCCAUGCUUGGCCAUUCACAUCAUGACACUUUCCAUUUACUUGCUGGAAGAAAUCAGGGAUGAAUUUAAUCGUUCUGACGGCUCAGGAACGUGAAGCUGUUUACAGUGUUUUUGUAACUAAACAACAGUUAACUUUAAUCUGAAGCUGUAUAGUCCAUAUACAGACAUUUACACUGUAAAUAUCUCAGUAAACAAUGUUUGUGUUUUCAUUGUAGUAAUUGUGUUGCCAUAGUAUUAACACUACACCCCAUAGCAUAGUCCUGAAAUCUUCAAUCAUGAGAUACACUCUUGUGUAAAGCAUAAUGUGAUUAGGAAUAAAUACAAACCGUUUUCAUUUUAUUUAUUUGUUAAGCAUUAAACACUAUCUAAAUGAAAUGACUGUGUUUUUAUACUUGACUGUUUCUUUUCCAUUGUUGCAUGUGGAUAUAUGAUUAUAUUAUAGCACUUUAAUUUUCCAGAAAAUUAGUUCAUUAAUGUAACUCAUUUGUUUUCAAUAUCAUUCUGUUGGUUCAUUCAACUUUUAUCCUGUUAGUUUCGUUGUGAUUCAGUGUUGUUUUUUUCCCUUUUGCUUAACUAUCUGUAAGUCUGUAAAUAUACCCAAAGAACACCUUGUAAUAAAUGUUGGUUAUACUUUGUAAUUUA